AUUAUUAUUAUUCUAUAUCCCUUCCUAUAGGUUCGUAUUGAGACGACUCAAGAUUUUGUCUCUUAUUCACCAUGGUAUUGAUGAUUUCCUCUUUAGGAAAUCGCAUUCCUUUUUAGUAUGCUUUACAGAACACCAAAACGACGUAGCUUUGAUAAAAUUAAAGUUGCCAAAUCAAUUUUUUUCUUUGAGAGUAUCCUCUUUGGUAGUUCAUUAAUAUUUUGGAGUUGUAUGAGUAGAUCGCAAGAUUUCAGGUUUUAUAUGCGCCAAAACUUGCCAUCUUUGUUAAAUGGUUAUUAUUAUAUAUAUGAAAAAGUAUCAAAUGAUAAUUCAAUCAGGACAGCUGACACGAUGAAAUGGGAACAAAAUUAAGAUUUAGUAUUCAUGGCGUUCUUCAAAUCUAUGUUACUGUUAAUAGGUGGUGGAGGUUUAGGAUAUUAUCUAAUACAAACCCUAUCAAUAACUCAACGUGAAUUAGAAGAGAUCCUUGCUUAUGAGAUUUCACCUAAAAAAUCUACCACAGAAGAUAAAAAUAAGGUACUGAAACAAUUGAGGAAAAUAAAGAAAUCAAGCGAAGAGAAAUUUAUGAAAUCUGUCUCUGUGCUAUUUGAAGAUACUAUAAACAAUACCAACAAAUAGCAUUCAGAUAAUAAUAAGAUGGAGAAUACUAAUUUCCUCGAAGGCAGCUUGCCAGAACGUAUCAAUAAAAGAGAUCGUGAACGAAAGAACAUCAUUGAAAGACGGAAAGAAGAACGACAAUCCCUUGCUGUGGAAUCUGAACAAAGUAGUUAUUUUAAGGAUACAUUUUACUCAUCGUGUAAAAAAAUUAAAGAUAUGUUAGAUGAGGCAUCUAGAGCACCGUCAUCUGUUCUUUCGGUUGCUUUUGACAAAAUAAGUAAAGAAAUUCUGAUGCUUAAAAAUUAUUUAUCUCAGUCAAAAAUGUAUCUAAAAGUAUAUGAUAUUAGAAGAGCACAGGAAAACUUACAAUUACUUGAAAAUGAAGCGUCAGAAUUAGAAAUGCAACUUUUACCUAAGAAAAAGUUUGGAUUUAAAAAUAGAAGAGUUGUAAAAAAACCCCCAGAAAAAACGUAUGACGUAACGGAUGGAUUAAAAGAUCUCAAGAUAUCAGAAGGUAUUGUGAAUGGUUCGGUAAAACAAAAUAAUAAAACAUUUAAUAAAUAUGGGGAAAAUGCGUGUAUAUUGGUAGGAAAGUCUGAUGAACAGUUGGUUCUGGAUGCUGAAAACGUAAAUAAGAAUGAUAUUCUUCUUUCCGAUCUAACUCGAUGUACAGUAAGAAUAUAUGGCACACCUAGUAUACUACAUAUGAUAAAUUUGAAACAAUGUACUAUCUUAGUCGGACCAGUGACAUCGUCCGUAUUUGCUCACGACUGUGUUGAAUGUGUAUUUGCUUUUGCAUGUCAACAAUUUCGAUUACAUUCAUCUACAGAUUGCACUAUAUACCUCCAUGUUACUAGCAGAGCAAUUAUAGAAGAUUGUACAAAUAUAAGAGUAGCACCUUACAAUUGGUCUUAUGAAGAUCAAAUGAAUCAUUUUAAUUUAGCUGGUCUCGAUCCAAAAAUAAAUAAUUGGAAUUGUAUAGAUGACUUCAAUUGGUUAUCAAGUGAAAAACAUUCGCCAAAUUGGUCUAUUCUUGAACCUGAAUUACGUAUAAAAAAUUGGGAUUAAUAUAAAUAUGUCAUUCAAAGCUUAAUAUUUACUGUUCUAUAGGCAGGUGUUUACUCUUCUUUAGAUUAAGAAUUAGUUGAUCCAUCAAGAUAAAUUAUUUAUGCAUAUAUCUUACUUUUUUCACCAGAAUGUAAAACUAUGUAAGUGUUUUAUAUACUUACGUAUUUAAUAAAAUUACUGGCUCCAUA